AAAUCUUCCUUCCCAGCGCAAAAUAAAAGUUAUGGAUCGAUAAGUGCAACAACGUAUAAUUUAAGCUUAAUAAUGUCCUGCUAUAUGUUUCAUUUGAAAGAAGUGAUUUCUUGAUUCUACAUAGUUUCUAACGCAUUGGUUCCUGUAAUUCACUAAUGCCCUACUUUCUAUUAAUCACGGAUCAUUUUUAGUGCAAUUCUAGCUAAUACAAUUAGGGUUUGUUUGGUUGUUGUUUAACAAAUAAUUAGUUAUGUAGGAAAUACAAUGCAGGAAUUGUUUUUGUAAUGUAUAAUAUAAGGAUGGUUUAUUUUAAGAGCUUUUUAGUCUUUAAUAUCAACUCUUUCCCAUGUAAUUCUAAUCUUCUUACUUUAUAUCUUGCAUAAAGUAAUACACACACUCUCGCAUAACUUAAAAUUUGCAAAAUAUUAGUCAAUAUUGAAACUUUUUAAUGUAUUACCUCCUCCGUGCCAAAAUAGUUGUCACAAUUUUCUUUUUGAGAGUCAAACGAUAUGAACUUUGACCAACAUUUUAAGUUGUACUUUUUUAUCAUAUUGAUAUGAGAAACUCGCAAUUUAUAGAACUUCCCGUAUAGUUUUUUAAUAUCUAAAUUUUGAUUUUUAAAAUAUCAAGUUAAUCUAAUCUAGCUUUGAAAAAUAAUCAAACUGGCUUUCAAAAGGCAAUACAUAAUCAUUAUUUUGGAACUUAGGGACUACUUAUGUAGAAACUAAACUGCCAGUAUUUUUUAUCAUGCACUAAACCAAACCACCCUAGAGUGUAUACAAGAUAGAAACCUCAUACUUCUAAAGUCGUCCUUUUGAUGACAAUAUAGACGAUCAGCCUAAAAAAACUGGACUAAUAUUUACUCUCCCUCGCAAGGUAAAUAAACAUUGCACGUCAAGGGUGAACAACGAGUAUAUGAUGGAGUACUGCUAAUAAUCUUCACCGAGUUUAAGUUAUAUACACGGCCAGUUUAAUACUCAUCUUCACUCUAUCCAUUUUCUCCAGCCUUUUCGUCUGAUCGAGAAUGACACCAAAAAUGGAAGCCAACAAGCUCCUUAACAUAGUAGUACGAAUACUUCAUUAUAUCAUAGCUAUUAAAUGUGUGUGACGUUUUAACCAAAGAACACAAAUGACAAAGUUGUUAGUCCAAUUUGAGUACAAGAAAAAAUAUGUGACGACCUUCUCAACGUUUUGCAUAGUCUAUAUAACAAAGAAGAGUUAUCGUUGAGUUGUCACUCAACAUUUCUUGUUUCAUAAAAUUGGCAGGAAGAGAAUGAAUGUUUCCUGUUUUAUAUGUCUUUUUCUAGUUUUGUGCUACCUAAGUGCCCAACACUGUUACGCAGGGGAAGUAGAUGUUCUACGCGAAUUUCUCAAGGCUCGACGGGCAAAAGCAAGAAUUAUUAACCUCGGCCUAGAGCCUGCUGAAAAGCAGAGAUCAGCGUCUAAAUUCAUAGUGCCACAGGUAGGAUCAAAGGAAAAUGACAAGAUCUCUGCAUUGCCAGGGCAACCAAGUGGUGUCAAUUUUGCACAAUAUUCAGGAUAUGUGACUGUUGAUGCUAAUGCUGGUAGAGCCUUGUUUUAUUACUUGGCGGAAUCAUCUAAUGACCCUCCUACAAAGCCUCUUGUUUUGUGGCUAAAUGGAGGACCUGGUUGCUCUUCAUUCGGGAAUGGAGGAAUGGUGGAACUUGGACCAUUCCGCGUCAAUAAAGAUGGAAAAACUUUGUCGCGCAACCCUUUUGCCUGGAAUAAUGUGGCAAAUGUACUCUUUUUGGAAUCACCAGCUGGUGUUGGAUUCUCUUAUUCCAAUACAUCAUCAGAUUAUCAUACUGGAGACGAAAAGACUAGACAAGACAGUUUCACAUUUCUCGUCAAUUGGAUGGAAAGAUUCCCAGAAUAUAAACAUCGCGAUUUCUACAUUGCUGGGGAGAGUUAUGCUGGCCAUUAUGUGCCUCAACUCGCUCAGCUGAUCUUAUCUCACAAGAAAACAGAACCCAACCUCGUCAUUAACUUGCAAGGAAUAGCAACUGGAAAUGCACUCCUGGACGAUGAAACUAUGAAUAGUGGGUCAUAUGAUUUUUAUUGGACACACGCACUGAUAUCAGAUGAAGUCCAUCAAGGAAUUGUCUCGAAUUGUAACUUCUCGGCAGAAGCAUCUACCUCGGAAGCUUGUGAUGAAUACACAAGUGAAGCAGAUUCAUGUCAAGCCAAUAUAUAUGAUUAUAACACAUAUUCCCAACUGUGUAACUCCUCAGCCUAUUUUUCCCAUCCUAUAGAUGGAUUUGAUCCAUGCUCAGCUGAUUACGUAUUUAACUACCUUAACACUGCUGAAAUACAAAAGGCACUUAAUGUCAGAGACGUACCUCAUUCCUGGGAAUCCUGCAGUUACAUAGGUGCCUUUUGGCAAGACUCACCAAAUACUGUUCUACCAAUCGUUCAGGAGCUCAUGCAAAGUGGUAUUCGGGUUUGGAUAUAUAGCGGAGACAUAGAUCAUAUUUUGCCUGUAACGACAAGUAGAUAUGCUAUUGACAAAAUCAAAACACCAAUCAAAACGCCAUGGUACCCGUGGUUCUUUCAAGGCGAGGUUGGUGGUUAUGCAGUGGAGUAUCAGAACUUAACAUUCGCGACAGUAAGAGGAGCAGGGCAUUUCGUGCCAAGCUAUCAACCUGGUCGUGCAUUGACCAUGUUCUCGUCCUUCAUCAAUGGGACACUCCCUCCUGGUCUCGACAGAGAAACAAUACGUUCUGCUCUUGGGUUUGUUUCCGCUAAUUAUUGUGCUUCCGUUAAAAUCAUGAAGAAUUCAGAUUUGUGCGAACAGAUCAAAUUCCAUGUUGGGGUUUUAGAUCUUGAUGUUGCACUUUACUCUGAGAAGCCAACUGUUAUUACUGAAUCUAGCAGUGAUGAAGAAAAGUCCUAUUAUAACAGAUUAGGCCUAAUGUUCAUGCAAAUGAAUAUUGUGGGCAACAUUAAGACCACUCUUUUCAAAACUGAAAGUGCAAAAGAACCUCUGAAACUUGUGAAAGAAUCUUCUCAAAUUGCUGAUAAGUCUCUUGCUGGGACACUAAUGGGUACUUUGACCACCAUGAAGUUUGAUGGUUCAUUUCAAGAGGAAAUGAGGCUGGAGAAUCAAGGAACCCACUCUAUUAAUUUUGUAAAUCAUCAAGGAGCUGAAAAGAAAGGAAAGAAACAUGGUAAGGGACAACAGAAACAACUUAAUGUUAAUGAGUCCUCAUCUCAAGGAUUCCUUACAAUCCGAACCAUAAACAAGAAUGAAAGAUUUGUUUACAUGGGGAAUAGAGUGAAGGCUCCAGAUGAAGUUGUCGGGACUUAUCGUCUGAUUCUCGAUACUGGACGUCACUUAGAUUUAGUUGAAACUUAUUAUGUUCCUUCUCUUUCGAGAGAUUUAGUUUCUUUGUCUAAGAUUUCUAGUAAAGCAGUUCCAAAGACACCUUUUGAAUUGUGGACUGGUAAGAAGCCUAGUUUGAGGCACCUAUAUGUUUGGGGUUGUCCGACAGAAGUUAGAGUAUACAAUCCACAAGAAAAGAAUCUGGAUUUAAGAACAAUCAAUGAUUUCUUUAUUGGUUAUCCAAAAAAAUCAAAGGGGUAUAGAUUUUAUUGUCCUAAUUAUAGUAUGAGAAUAGUUGAAACUGAAAAUGCUAGGUUCAUUGAGAAUGGCGAAGUUAGUGGGAGUGAAGAACCACGUAAUGUGGAAAUUAAAGAAGUUAGGGUGCGAAUUCCUCUAUCCUGUACUUCUUUUAAAUUUAUUGCUCCUGAAGCUGUUGUACAACAAAGUAAUCAACAAGAACAACAAAUUAAUGUUCCUAUUAAUCACAAUGAAGCUAUAAUUGAUGAACCUAUAGUAGAUGAACCACAAGAAGUAGCAUCAAGAAGAUCUCAAAGACAAAAAAAAUCUGCUAGUUCUGAUGAUUAUUUGAAAGGAGAUAAGUUUAGUCUCAAUCAAUGUCCAAAGAAUGACUUAGAACGAAAACAAAUGAAAGAUAUUUAUUAUACAUCAAUUGUUGGGAGUCUUAUGUAUGCCCAAACAUGUACAAGACCAGACAUCAGCUUUGUUGUUGGGAUGUUGGGCCGAUAUCAAAGUAAUCCUAGAAUGGAGCACUGGAAGGCUGCAAAGAAAGUGUUGCGAUACUUACAAGGAACAAAAGAUCAUAUGCUCACUUAUAGAAGAUCUGAUCAUCUAGAUGUGGUUGGGUGUUCAGAUUCGGAUUAUGCUGGUUGUGUGGAUACAAGAAAAUUCACAUUUGGAUAUUUGUUUAUGUUAGCUGGAGGAGCAAUAUCAUGGAAGAGUGCGAAACAGUCUGUUAUAGCUGCAUUCAUUAUGGAAGCUGAGUUUGUGGCAUGCUUUGAGGCCACAGUCCAGACUAACUGGCUUUGGAAUUUUAUUUCAGGACUUCGACUAGUCGAUAAUAUAGCCAGACCGCAGAAAAUUUAUUGCGAUAAUACUGCCGCAGUUUUCUUCUCUAAAAACGAUAAGUAUUCGAAAGUACGUAUGAAGAUUAGUUUAUUUUUGAGUCUUUGUCUACUUUUAUCCUUCCUUAAUAUCCAACGAUGUCACGCAGGGGAAGGAGAUGUGCUUUUGAAUUUUCUUGAUGCACGACAAACAAAGAAGUUGUCUGCGUCUAAUGUUAAUGAAGGUCAAGUAGAAACUGAUGAAAGGGUUGAUUCAGAAUUCGGAUCAAUAAUACCUCAGAAAGGCUCCAAGGAAGAUGAUAGAAUCUCAGCAUUACCAGGACAAUCAAGUGGUCUGAAUUUUGAUCAAUAUUCAGGAUAUAUUACUGUUGAUGCCGAUGCUGGUGGAGCUUUGUUCUAUUACUUCACUGAAUCAACUCAUGACCCGUCUACCAAGCCUCUUGUCUUAUCGUUGAAUGGAGGUCCAGGAUGUUCGUCAUAUGGAGAAUUGGGACCUUAUGUAAAAAAUGAUGGAAAAACCUUGUGGCUCAAUGAAUUUGCUUGGAAUAACGUGGCGGAUGUUCUCUUCUUAGAAUCACCUGUUGGAGUUGGAUUUUCUUACUCUAAUCGAUCAUCAGAUUAUGUAACUGGAGACAAACAAACUUCUGAAGAUAGCUACACUUUCUUGAUCAAUUGGAUGGAAAGAUUUUCUGACUAUAGAAACAGAAAAUUCUAUAUAGCUGGAGAGAGUUAUGCUGGACAUUAUGUGCCUCAACUAGCACAACUUAUCCUUUCUCAAAAGAAAAUUGACCGUCAUCUUGUAAGGAAUUGCAAGGAAUUGCACUAAACUGGUAAUGCGUACAUUGACAUAGAAACACAAAAUAGAGGUUCAUAUGUUUACUGGUCCCAUGCAAUAGUAUCAGAUGAAGUUCAUGAAGGAAUUGUCUUAAAUUGCAAUUUUUCUGCUUUGGGUGUAUCAGAAAGUUGUUAUGAAUACAAAAAACAAGCAGAUGUACCUCGAGACAACAUUUACUCUUAUGACAUUUAUGCUCCAUUGUGUGGUUCCCCUCAAAAUACUUCUCUUCCUAUUUCUGAUUACGAUCCAUGCACAAGAGACUAUGUUGAUUCAUACUUGAAUACUAGAAAAGUGCAAGAAGCACUCCAUGUUAGAGGAAUACCCCAAGAAUGGGGUUCUUGCAAUAUACAUGCAAAUUGGCAAGAUUCACCUGACACGAUUUUGCCAAUCUUUCAAGAGCUUAUGCAAAGUGAAAUUAGAGUUUGGAUAUAUAGCGGAAAUACUGACGUAUCAGUUACAACAAGUAAAUAUGUCAUAGAAUAAAUUAAGACCCCAAUCAAGACAUCAUGGUACCCUUGGUAUUUCCAAGGAGAGGUUGGUGGUUAUGCAGUUGAAUAUCAAAACUUGACAUUUGUGACAGUAAGGGGAUCUGGGCAUUUUGUACCAAGCUAUCAACCUGGUCGUGUUUUCCCCUUGUUUUCUUCUUUCAUCAAUGGCACACUUCCUCCUAAUGAAUGUCUCAAAUGA